UAUAAAAUAAAAGAGUAAAAUUGUGAGAGCGACGCGUUAAAAGUACAAGUACUCGCACUGGGUGGGAGAGCAUUAAUGACGCAAUGGUGAAACACUCCUAUCAGGCGCACUCACUCGCCUCAAUGUCAUUGGGAAUUUGUUAAUGCAAGCAAACCACAAGCAACACCAAAACAGACAACAGUCACUAGUUGAGCGUGAAUAGUCAGUUGGGAAGCGUGUAUUCGAAUAGACGUCGGAAAAAUAAACGUACUCGGCUGAAACAUUGAAUGCGUUUUGAAGCGUUUUUCUUUGUUGGUUUGUUGUCAUUUAAAAAGUAACAAAAAAGAAAUACAAAUUUGAAUAAAGAAGUGAAGAGUACAAAAGCAACAACUGCAAUAACAUAAGCAACAUGCUACUAGUGAAACACCAUCACCGUGGAGUGUUUCGUGUAUGACACCGGAUGCAACUAAAUAAAUUUCUACUCACCCAUGGAGCUCAAAUCUUGACCACAAAACUGCCCCAAAUAAAGUGUUUACUUUGAAAAAAAAAAAAAAAAAAAAAAAAAAAAAUCACCGUAAUUUCUCCUUAUACAUCAGAACACUUUACUAUCCUUGCUCUCACCAAAACACAUACCAACAAUGGGAAACUACAUCAAUUCUUGUAAUAAAACCAAACCGAAAAUUCCCGAUGAGCUCAAUGACGGUCUCGAAACGCUGGACGAGUAUCAGAGUCGUUGGCGUUCGGUGCGUGUAAUCUACUUCACCAUGUUCCUAAUGUCGCUCGGCUUUAGUAUUAUACUCACCGGCAUAUGGCCGUACUUAAAUAAGCUAGAUCCGUAUGCCGGCAAAGAGUUUAUGGGUCUCAUUGUUGCCGCCAAUCCCUUGGGUCAGAUGAUCUUCAGUCCGCUCUUCGGUUGGUGGAGCAAUAAGAUCGGUUCGAUACGCUUGCCCUUAUUGUGUUCUCUGGCGCUGUUCACCUUCGCCAGCGGUCUUUAUUCUUCAUUGGAAAUGCGUCCCGACAAUGUUAAGUACUGGAUGUUGAUCUCACGUUUUUUAAUUGGCGUCAGUUCGGCAAAUAUUGCUGUUUGUCGUUCGUACUUAUCGGCCGCAACGCGUUUGAGUGAGCGCACAAAAGCGGUCUCGAUGGUUUCACUUGCACAGGUCCUGGGCUUUAUUGUUGGUCCAGGCUUACAGACUGCUGUGACGCCAUUGGGUAAUGAUGGCUACACUUUUUUGUGGCGUGGAUUUGUUUUCAAUAUGUAUACCGCAUGCGGUUGGAUAAAUGUUCUAAUGAGCAUCGGGAAUUUAAUCAUGUUUCUGCCGGGUCUAUUUGAGGAGCACAAAAUUGCGGCACGUGAAAUUAUGAUUAAGCAGGGCAAGACCUCGGAACGUGAAACAUGGAAAGCCAUCAAACCGGACUAUGUGUCGGCGUGGACGCUGAUUAUGGCAUUUUUUGUGUUGGUCUUCAAUUUUGUACUGCUUGAAACUCUCGGCACAUCGCUCACCAUGGACCAGUUUGCUUGGAGUAAUCACGAUGCGCUCUACUACAUGGGCAUAUUGAUGUCGGUCGGCGCAAUAGUCGCACUUGCCACAUUCGUUGCCAUUAAUCCGCUUUGUAAAAUAUUUCCUGAGCAUUAUGUGCUCAUCUGGGGUGGCUUCUCGCUUAUGGUACUCGGUCGUGUGCUGUAUAUACCAUGGGGUGAUGGCCCACCUAAAAUUGCCGAAGUUUACAAUGACACAAUACCGUUAACAGGCAACGCCACAAUCGAUUACGAGCCGAAUCAUGAAAUAUUUCUUGGUUGCCCUAAGACACAGCAGUGGUGUGAAGUGACACCGGCUUUAACGCUUACACAAUUCAUCAUCGGUUAUGCAUUCACAUCGAUUGGCUAUCCAAUAGGCGUCACACUGAUACAAACGAUUUUCUCCAAAGUGUUGGGACCACGACCACAAGGUGUUUGGAUGGGUCUGAUGACCGGUGCGGGUUGUUUGUCACGUGUUUUGGGUCCAGUUUUUGUUGGUGUCAUCUAUACGCGGUAUGGUACUUACUGGACCUUCGGCUUUACCUCCGUGAUGAUGUUCAUUGCCAUGAUUUGGUUGUUGUUAUCGAAAAAUCGUUUAAUACCACCGUCUUUCGAUAGUCCAUUGACUACGGAAAUGCAAACAUUGAGUACAAAUAAAGUGCCAAUCCCAACCGACGAAGCAGAGUACAAAGUGACGUCACAAAAUGAUGAUGAUUCGGCGCUAGAAGAGGAUGAAGAGAAUAUAAACAAUGCACUGAACACAGCGUUGUGCUCGGAUAAAAAUAAUAUAACCAUAGUUGUAGCUGGAAGAUGAUUUUAUGUGCAUAUCAAAUACUUACUGUACAUAUGUACAUAUGUACAAAGAUAUAUAUAAAUACAUAUAUAUAAUAUACAUAUAUACGUACACGUUAGAAAAUUAGAAAUUUUACUGGCUUAUACAUAUAUACAUACACACCCAGAAGCCAGGUAUAUGUAAGAAUUUAUUCUAGUAGUUUGAGGAAUACUUAAUGUGUUUGUAUAUAUGUAUCAUAUUAAAUAAUAUUAUAAAAUUAAUUAAUUUUUAGUUAAUAGUUUUCUAUAGUUCAUUAUGCAAACGUAUUCUUUAAUUUAGAAAAAAAAUUAUUUUUAUUAUUAUAUUUUUUAUAUAAGAA